AUGCUAACCCUUAACCAGAUGAAAUUGCCAAAGCUAGCACACCUUGGCCAUCAGGGCAGGGGUGGCAGCAACAACUGUCAUCCUGCACUCUUGCUGCUCUCUGACACUGAGGAAGCUCACUGGCUGACUGGACCAGUCAAAAACAAGAAAAAGGGAAAGAAGACAGGGCCACCUGGGCCCAAUGGUCCCCCAGGUCCUCCAGGACCUCCAGGACCUCAGGGACCCCCAGGGAUUCCAGGGAUUCCUGGAAUUCCAGGAACCACCGUUAUGGGACCACCCGGUCCUCCUGGUCCCCCUGGUCCUCAAGGACCCCCUGGUCUCCAGGGACCUUCUGGUGCUGCUGAUAAGGCUGGAACUCGAGAAAACCAGCCGGCCGUGGUGCAUCUGCAGGGCCAGGGGUCAGCAAUUCAAGUCAAGAAUGAUCUUUCAGGUGGAGUGCUCAAUGACUGGUCUCGCAUCACCAUGAACCCCAAGGUGUUUAAGCUACAUCCCCGCAGUGGGGAGCUGGAGGUACUGGUGGACGGCACCUACUUCAUCUAUAGUCAGGUAGAAGUCUACUACAUCAACUUCACUGACUUCGCCAGCUAUGAGGUGGUGGUAGAUGAGAAGCCCUUCCUACAGUGCACCCGCAGCAUUGAGACAGGCAAGACCAACUACAACACUUGUUAUACUGCGGGCGUCUGCCUCCUCAAGGCCCGGCAGAAGAUCGCCGUGAAGAUGGUGCAUGCUGACAUCUCCAUCAAUAUGAGCAAGCACACCACAUUCUUUGGGGCCAUCAGGCUGGGUGAAGCCCCUGCAUCCUAGAUACCCCCCAUUUUGCCCUUACCCAUGCCCCUGCCCCAGGUUUGGGAGCCAGGACUCCCAGAACCUUUAAGUGCUGCUGUGGAGUGAGGUACAUUGGCAUUGCAGCCAGAGAGAAAUGCCCCAGUGCUAUUUAUUCCCAAGCGAUUCCAUGAUGGCAAGGCCUACUUGACUUUGCAGAAUGACCUUGAGUCAUCAGGAGAAUUGAUGGGGCCCCAGGGUUUACAGGAAGCACAACCUUCUCUGGCUCCACGUUGACUGGCUUAAGGCAUGACUCUUCAACCCCAAGGUCCCUGUUGUCCGUUUUAUCAUUUGUUGCACUAACGCAAGGAUCCAGAGCAUCAGGCCAGAGAAAGUGAAAGUGCACUCUGGACCCUGGGAGUGACCAUCUGACCCCAAGGGUGCUGCAACUUCUCUCUUGGCUAGGGCUAGGGAUGGGGUGGCAUUAGGUUGCAGCCUGAGAGGAUGGGGCGUGGGUAGUAGACAGAUGAUUGUGGCGGAGACCAGGGGCGAAAGCUGCCUGGCAGGUAUUCUUGACGGUGAAAGCAUUCUUGCUCCUCUGCAUUGUAACCUGCAGGAGAAUUAGAGCGCUCUUCCCGCUCAGCCUGCAAGCCACACCAUGACAGCUGUCUGGGCUCCAGAGUCAGGAGCUUUGCUCACUUUCAGAACCAUUGCAGGAAUGGUCACAACCCUGCCUGCAUAAGAAUCUGAAUCUGCACUUGGGGCCUUAUGUCUCUCACUUUGUUUACAGCUAUGCUAUGCUCUAUGCUCACAAAACUCCCUAGGGCCCUUUCCCAACCACCGCCUGACUACAACUCCUGUCAUCUUUCUACACGGAGCCUACCUCUGUCUGAGACAGGUGCUUAACCUGGGACCUGUGCUCAAAUGAGUCUGAAAUAUUCUUUAGCUUACCUGAACACCGAUAGAAUUUUCCAUUUAUUAAAAUAUUGUUCAGCUGAUUCCAAUCAAACUGUGCCUGGGGUUGGACUAGAUAAUCUUCAAAAAUCUCUUCAAGGUCUAAUUAGAGGCAGCUGCCAUAAUAACCUCCUAAAUUCCUACAUUCUAGACCAGUGGUAGCAAAUGUAUGGCAUGUGGGCUGCAGUGGGCUCUUAGUGUCACUGAAAGCUCUAAGAGGUUCACUGUCACUAGACUGUGGUUGGACACCAGCAAAGCAGAGCUUUUGUGCCUUGGCUAAAAGGGCAAGAAGUGGAAAUCAGUCAGGAGAUUGGUCGAAGUUUGCUGCAGACCUAGUGAUCAUGAAGCCUGGUGGACUCCUGACCAAGUUUCUUCAGAAAGCCAUGGCAGAGCAUCGUCAGCCAGGCUUAGGAGCAGCCAGAGUCUAGGUGUAGGCAGGGCUCUGCCCUCUAGUUCAGUGCCAAAAACCUUCCCCCGACCGAAAGCUUCCCACCUAGUCAUACACUAGGACCAUUCAGGUGCUUUACCUGGGCACCACCUAUCUUCUGAUGCGAGGUCUGGCCCACAACUGGGAUUGUCACCCUUGUACAGGUAGCUGAAAUGUGCCAAGAACAAUAGGCACUUCUUUCUGAACCUUCUCUUUCUAAGCAACCACACUGGCCUUUCAAGGGUCAGGGCACAAGUCAUGGGCCAGGCUUCCACUGAUCGUUAAUGACAGCCUUGCAGUCCAAGGUGAGGUUGAUUUUAGGUACAGUGCCUAUAAAGUGCCUUAAGACAGUCUGCAGUUGUAGCAGGAAAUGACAAAACUGCUUCUUAAAGCUGGGAAAGUACUUUCUGUUAUUUCCUUUGAAAAGGGCGGGACAGAGAUAUCUGAUGCCAUUACUUGGGUGAGGCUCAGGGGCGCAGUGCCUUGAAUGUGCUCUGUGUGUUUGUUAAGUCGCAAACAUGGGCUUCUGCCCAGGUCUGACACCAAAGCUGUUCCCUUACACUGUAGCACUGUGUGGCAUUUGGGGUCAAGAGAGAACUAGUCAAGGUGCUAAUACACAACUAGCAUUCUGAGGGUCUUAGGGAGAAACCCAAAGAUGCCCAUUUUUAUUACUUGACGGUAAUACCUGUUCGCAAGGCUGCCAGAUGCUCUGUGAAAAAAAAAAAAAAAAAAAAAUCAGAGUUUUCCUUCGAACAGCUUUAGAUCUCUCAUGUUCACAAGGAGACCCUUCCACUGUGUCCAAGUAGCAGGCCUCUGAGACCACAGAACUGGUGGCCCUCAUUUCUUUCACCCAUUUGGUAAAACAAGCAGCCGUCACAUGUGGGCAAGAUCCUUUCGUUUCCCUCCAGGCAGCUUCCAGGAGUCAGCUCGCUUCCUGCCAGUACUAAGUAUGACUCCUUAUCUUGUUUUCCAUCCCCCCAGAAACUUUGAUACUACUAGGAUCUCUCGGGAUGGGGGGAAGACAUAAGAAAGGACUGUUUCUAAAGCCCAAUGGGAGUUAGGCCAGAGGAAGAAGAGGCUUCCUAAUUGUAACCCUAAUCACCCAGAUUGGUGGAGUUGUAGGGGAAGUAGGGUUCCUGCUAGACCCCUCAUUCAUUCUGAACCCUCAAAAGGAAUCUUACAGGGAAAGGGAUAGAGAAGGAAGCGACAGGUAGCUAGGGAGCCCUGUUAAGGCCAAGGCAUGGGUGAAGCGGUAAAGUGGUUUACUGAUGGAAGACUGUGGACAUAGAUUUAUAGUUUGCAAUUAUGCUGAUGUGAGUUUCCCAGAGGGCCAAGGCUAGCAUGGAGAAUGGGACAACAUCAUCUGUGGGUAAGCAGAUGACAGAGGUUUAAGGGAGGAUUGCCUAGCAGGGGCCUCUGCCAGCUGCUUGGGCUUCAACAGCCAAGCUGGCACAAAAGGCAGCUGUCGGAGGCUGCUGGGCUACUGGCUCCCUGGAAACUGUAGUGUUUGCUUUGUUUCCCCUUCGUCUAUCCUGAGCCAAAUUUCUUUUGCUUAAAGGAAAGGGCUAGGAACCUUGGAGGUGAACAGAGGCUUUGGUCCAUGUAUUUUGUGUUCUUUCCAGUGGAUGCAAAUAGAUUCAGAGAAAUUUUGAGUGAACAUGGACCUUAGAGGUGAUAUAACCCAACCUACGUUGAACUCUGUUACUUAGGCAGAAACUGAGGCUCCAAGAGGGAUGGUGACCUGCUCAAGGUAGUGAGCAACUCAGCCCUCAGACUCAGCAGCCGAAGGAGGAGUAGAGUAGUCCUUAUCCUACAUAGCCCCUUCUUUCUUCCCUGCACAGACUCAAGGCUGGAAGUGUGUGGCCCCCUUCAGGAGCCUGGCCAGGCAGGGAGAGCAGCUGCAGCCUUCCUUAGACCUCUGCUUCCUCCCAAGACACUCACCUAGCUCUGCCUCCGGACUGGAAGGCUCCAGGCUAGCCCACUGCCAGGAAGUCCUUAGGCUACCUUAGUGCUCCCUCAGGUCUCCUCCUGACCCCAGGCCAUGACAGCAUGAGAAAGAACUGAUAUUUCUUUUUAGUCCAUUUCAGGGCUCUCUCCUGGGGUGUGUUAUAUCUAUGCAAAGAGCUUCCAGCUAGGAUGGGGUGGGCUGAACUUGGCUGUGAGAAUGGCCUGGAGCAGGCCCAAUGCUGCUUUUGGGGGUCAGCAUCUAGUGUGAGAUACUGUGUAUAUAAACUAUAUAUAAUGUAUAUAAACUGGGAUGUAAGUUUGUGUAAAUUAAUGGUUUAUUCUUUGCAAAUAAAGU